AUGGAAGCAGCAUCAGCGAUAGACCACACGGCGUACCCGGACGUCCUGGACGAGAUCAUUGAGCUCGCGCCUCCGCAAGCGCUAGUUCGACUGCGCGCGACGUCGCGCGAUUUCUGCACGCGCGCGGACCGCGUGCUGCUCCGGCACGUCGUGUACGCUUGGCGCAGCGACGCCAAAGGCAACCAACACGCUGACCUGCUGGCGCCGUUUACGCGCAGCAGGCCGCCGCAGGAUGGCGGGCAGCGCGGUGAGCGUGCAGUGCUCCCCCUCAAGCCCGAGUGCGUCGAGGUGCUCGACCUGGUCAAUGCGUGGCCCGCGCCAAUGCCAUCCACCCUCCUCGACCGCUUCACGUCCCUGCACACCCUGCGGCGCAUGGGCGCCGGCCUGCUCUCGCGCAGCGCGGACCGGACGGUCGUGUACCCCGCGCGCACCGUCGCCGACUUCUACGCGAUCGACGACUUCCGCCCCGGCGCGGGGGUGAGCAACAUCCCCGUCGUGCCGGACCCGCACUACGCGUCCGACGCGUGCACGCGGUACGUGCUGCACCUCAAGUGGCGCGAGGGGCCGAGCUGGGCCGGCAAGGAAGUGUGGAGUCUGUCGACUUUGGCGGCUACACGUCUGCAGGAGCUGGAUAUCGUGCUGUGGUCGUAUGGCGACGUCGACGCCCCGCAGCCGGGGGCCCGCGUCGUCGGCCUGCUCCAGGUCGCGGCGCGGUUAUGGGACGGCCUCGUCGCCGGCAGCACGCGGCUGACGGUCGUGGGGCUGGAGAAGGUGUACCGCUGGCACAUUGACCAGCGGGACCGCUCGACCGAGCGCGGCCUGCACGGCGCCGCCGAGCUGUGGCGCGCCGUGCUGAGAGCCGGCAACUCUGGCGGCCCGGAAGCCGAGUACGACGCGGCGGUGGCGAAUGUGACGUUUUUGACGCUCGACGAGUGGCUCGACUCGCUGGGGGACCGACGCGCGGCCGAGGGCGAGUGGCCUGAUGCGCUUUGUGGGACAUGCGGGAAUUCCAAAUGGUAUCCAUGCGAUGCUUGCGGCGACGAGGAGGUGGACGAGGAGACGCGGUACAGCUAG